CAGUCCCCAAAGGCUUGGUUACUUUAGGCACUGGAAGAGUGACAACAAUAAUACUAGACACAGAGCGAAUCGUUUACUGAAAAUCUGAGAGAGCAGUGGAGACCCAUUUCCCCGUCGCUUGCACAAUGAGUGUUAGCACACCAAAAUUGUUACCGUCUUCAGGGAAGAAAUCUAUUCAUGAUAUCUUCCAUCCUCUCUCCUGCGAGGAGGCAGCACUAACACCACCCAGCCCAGAGCUACAGAUCACCAGCAGCACAGGGGACAAGGACUUCAGUUUGCCGAAUGGUACCCCAGUGGACACAUCCAGCCCUGCUUCCUCCUCUUCCUUGCUCAACAGACUGCAGCUAGAUGAUGACCUAGAUGGAGAGACCAGGGACCUUUUUGUUACAGUGGAUGACCCCAAAAAGCAUCUCUCCACUAUGGAGACUUACAUCACUUACAGAGUCACCACUAAGACCACCAGGACAGAGUUUGAUUUGCCUGAGUACUCUGUACGUCGCCGGUACCAGGACUUCGAUUGGCUGAGGAAUAAACUGGAGGACACACAGCCAACACAUAUCAUUCCACCACUGCCAGAAAAGUUUGUCGUGAAAGGGGUUGUUGACCGCUUCUCAGAAGAGUUUGUGGAGACCCGGCGGAAGGCCCUUGACAAGUUUUUGAAAAGGAUAGCAGAUCAUCCUGUCCUCUCCUUUAAUGACAAUUUCAAUGUAUUCCUCUCCGCAAAGGAUCUCAAUUCCUAUAAAAAACAAGGCAUGGCUUUGUUGUCGAAAAUGGGAGAAUCCGUGAAGUAUGUCACCGGAGGCUACAAACUGAGGAGUAGACCCUUAGAGUUUGCUGCUAUGGGGGAUUAUCUGGACAUGUUUACACAGAAGCUGGGAACUAUUGACAGAAUAGCACAGAGGAUUAUUAAGGAGCAAGCAGAGUAUCUAGUGGAGUUGCGGGAGUACGGCCCUCUGUAUUCAAACUGGGCCUCUGCUGAGGGGGAGCUGCGAGAGCCCCUGGAGGGGGUGUCGAGCUGCUUGGCCAACUGCAGCACAGCACUGGAGGAGCUCACAGAGGACAUGAGUGAGGAGUUCCUGCCUGUGUUCCGGGAGUAUGUCCUCUACAUAGAGUCCAUGAAGAACGUUUUGAAGAAAAGGGACCAAGUCCAAGCAGAAUAUGAGGCCAAGUUGGAGGCUGUGGCAUUCAGGAAAGAGGAACGGCCCUGUGUACCUACAGAUGUUGAAAAGUGCCAAGACCGGGUAGAGUGCUUUAACGCAGACCUAAAGGCUGACUGGGAUCGGUGGCAGAACAACAAGAGGCAGGACUUCAGGCUGCUGCUCACAGGAAUGGCUGACAGAAACAUCCAGUAUUAUGAAAAGUGCCUUGCAGCGUGGGAGUCCGUCAUUCCACUCUUACAGGAUAAACCAGAUGGCAAAGGAGAAAUGCCCUCAUAAUUGCCCCCCUGUCCUUUCUACCCACUCCACUUGUUUCCUGGGUACUGCCUGUCUGCAUCCACAAAGUGCACAUGAUGAGUACACUUCACUCUCAUAUCCUCUGCUUUUCAAGGACAUUGACUCGGGAGGGGGCUCAAUGUGAACUCAUUCAAGGAGUGUGUUUUUUGCUGAAUGUGUUUUUAUAUUUCUAAAAUCCAAGCCAUGUACUACGAACCCACCCUUCAGCUGUAUGAAGUGGACAGUUUUAUUUAAUUGUGUUUAAAACGCCGGGUGAGUAAACAUAUUGGAUAUACAGUUCCAAAGAGCCAGGAUUAAAGAUUUUGAGGUUUGUGAAGUUUUCAAGCAAAUCUCCAGUGUGCAUUAUUUAUUUAUUUUUGGCCCUUGAAAUGUGCAAAGCUGAUGUAUUCAGUUCCAAUGAAAUGAAGGAAAAAUGAGCAGGGGAGUACUUGGUGCAGAGAAGAUGGAAUAGUGCCGUGUUGAAAGUUUUCUGUGUAAGAUCUUUGGGAAAUUGUUCUCUCGGAGUUUGUGCAAAUAUCAGAAAUGUGCACUCUGAUUGUACUCUUCUGGCCAAAUAUUGCAGAAACAGAGAGACGGUAUGUUGUAUGUAGUCUAGAGUGGCCAAAAAGCAGGUCAUCGUCAUUUUAUGUAGAGAAUCAGAGGUUCUAGGAUUCACAGAUUUUCCUCAAACAUGAGGCAAAUCUAAUUGCACGAGCUAAGGUUGUGUAAAGCUGCCACCAGUACCUGCCCAACACAGCUCUAUCAUAUACCAGUGAACUCAAUUUAGACCAACAUGGCAUAUUGCAGUGCCCAACUUGACAAUAUAAAUUAAAAUAGACCAGUGUUGAGUUAAUAUUACUAAACUUGACAACUGCCAGAAACAUCAAUUCUCAAAAGCUGGUGCAGUAAGUUAAGAGUUGGUUGAAGGGGGGGGGCUUCAGAUUUGUAAGCAUUCUUCAGAUAGUCAGCAACGUGACCGUUGGAACUUGAAGCAAUAUAGUUUAAGAGCUCAAGCCAGGAUUAACAUGGAUUUGACAAUUUUAACUCAAAAUUGUUUUCUCUCUCACUUUUUAAAAACCUGGUUUGUUCAGGAUGUAAAAUACAGAUUGAUUAUUUCUAUAAAAAGAAAAUAGCAAGGGGACUGUCUUGCAGACACAGUAAUAACUGACUAACAGACUAAAGAGAGUAUAUUAGCUGGAACACAUCUUUAGUAUUCAAAUAUACUGUAUUUUUCAUCCAUUUUCAUAUUGCUAAACUGACUUGUGGAGAUACAGAAUGAAUAGUUACUUUACUUUUACCACUCCAAACACUUUAUAACCUGUCUACAUGGAGGUGUUUUAUAGCAUAUGUAUUAGUAUGCAGGAGUACAGGUUUUACAUGUGAUUUAUAAACAACUUUUGAGGAAAAACUAAACAAGUUGUUCUGGUUUAACCUCUGCGUUUAUGAUUAGAGUGGUUGAAGUUUUGGAUGAAGUGUAAAUAAAUAACUAAACAGGAAAGUAUGAUAUUUAAAGGUUUUAUGUAGCUGAAUGCAAACUGUUUUCACAUCAUCAAGGUUAGGGUUUAUUUAUUAUCACACAGGUAGGAUUCUGUGUUAUAAUGCUAGUAGCCCUAAAGUGUUUGAUAUGCAAAUGCAAUCCCUGGCAUGUAUUUAAGUGUUGAUUAACAUGGGUCCAACAGGUUUUUUUUUUUUUUUUUUUUUUUAAACGGUAUCCUCAUUGUGUAACCUUCCUCACAUUCAUUUUGUGUACCAACUGCUUAAGAUUACAUCGGUUAACAUUGAAUGCAAAUGUUUUCAAACAGAACAGAUAUUGUUCCACGUGCUUUUUAUUAAGUCUGCUACAAGUUGUGGCAGUGGUGUGUGGAUAUCUGUUUUGAGAUGUAUUACAUAAUCUGUUAAAGAUAGUAGGCCACCCUCCUUUCAGAAAUGUGAUAAUACAAUAAAACAGUCACAUAACAGCAAAUAGCAAUCAGAUUGUGGCUAUGCUGAUUUGUAUGCAUGUUUAUCAGUAGGAAGAUUUUUUUUUAAAUAUUUGUACAACUGUUAAAUACUGCAAUAAACUUUAAAAGUGAAGAUUUAA